CGGGGGCACAGAGUCGGGCCCCAGGCACGACAGUGGGCCCCCACCGAGUCGUCGGGCAAGACUGCGGGCACCCAGCCGACUGGGCGAACAGGGCCCCCAGGCGGGGCGACUGGCGUCGGGCCCCCAGGCGGGGGGCACGGGCGUCGGGCCCCCAGCGUCGGGCCCCCAGCGGGGCGACGGGCGUCGGGCCCCCAGGCGGGCGGGCCGGGCCCCCAGGCGGAGUCAGGUCUCGGGCCCUCAGGCGGAGCGGCGGGCGCCCGGACCCCCAGAUGGAGCGACAGGUCUCGGGCCCUCAGGCGGAGCUACAGGUCUGAGUCACCAGGCACGACAGUGGGCACCGAGACUGGCAAGACUGCGGGCACCGAGCCAACUGGCGGAACAGCAGGCUUCGAGUCGUCUGGCAAGACUGCGGGCACCGAGUCGUCUGGCAAGACAGUGGGCUCCGAGUCAACAGGCACGACAGUGGGCACCGGGUCAUCAGGUAUCGGAUUGUCUGGCUCGACAGCGGGCAUCGGGUCACCAGGCAUCAGGUCAUUUGGCUUGCCAGCGGGCACCGCAUCAUCUGGCAAGGCAGUGGGCACCAGGUCACCAGGU